CCGGCAUCGAGAGCGUGUAUCGGUUCACAUUUUUGUCUUCCCCUUUUGCCUUCUCUCAAGUUACUUCCAACUUUUCAAAAAAAAGAAUUUCCACAAAAUUAGCAAACAUUUCUUUGCUAAAUUUUUCUUUUUUUUUGAUUUCCUUUUUUUUUCGAAAAAAUUGUUCUUUUUGAAAAAAAGAAAAUCGGAAUGUGUUAUUAGUGAUAGUGAAAUUGAUUCUUGAGAACAAAAAAACAAGUGUUUACUGGAUUUACAGUUUAUUUUGAUUGAAUCGUGAACUUUUGGUGAUUUUAUUUGUGCAAAUUCGCGCCAUAGGAUGCAUUUACCGGAAGGACCAAUCGGGAUGGAGAGCUUCAGCGCCAUCCACGAUGCACUUAGAGCUUGCCAUGGUGAUUUAGUGCAGACCGGAAGUCCCGCAAUUCUCUGCAGCGUUUUGCCCACCCAUUGGAGGUCUAAUAAGUCUUUGCCAGUGGCCUUCAAGGUCGUUGCACUUGAUGAGGUCACCGACGGUACCAUCGUCACUAUUCGUGCUGGAAAUGAUGAAAAUUGCUGCGGCGAACUUAGAAAUUGCACGGCAGUCAUGAAAAAUCAAGUUGCAAAAUUUAACGAUCUUCGAUUUGUCGGCCGCAGUGGAAGAGGAAAAUCGUUUUCCCUCACAAUACAAAUCAGCACGGUGCCUUUCCAAGUGGCAACGUACACGAAAGCCAUCAAAGUCACUGUCGAUGGACCAAGGGAACCACGCUCCAAGUCAAACUAUCAAUAUGGACCCGGAUUUCCAGGACUUGGACUCUUGAAUCCAUGGUUGGACGCUGCCUAUCUUGGUCACGCCUGGCACCUGCCUCAUCCAGCCCUCGUCAAAGGAACGAUACCAAUGCCCCAUACGGACAUAUUCGCACCAAGCUUCACAUCAACAGUGAUGCCAACCUAUCCAUUUGUGGACCCAGUUAAGUACGAGUACCCACAGAUGCCACCGAAGACGACAACAUUAAUGCUGCCAAACAGUCCAUCGAGAACACCGCCAAGAAGUCCAAGUGACAGUGGAAGUGAAUCGGCAGCCGAGGAAGUGCGAAGUGCCUUCGUGCCAAUUAGGCUCAACACCCUACCACCAGUGACGCCACUGACGCCGUCGUCAUCGUCACCCGAAAGAACUUUACCAAAAAAACCCGAAGGCACGAGAAACGAUCUUAAAGCACCAAUUGCCCUCAUCAGUCAUCGACUAAAUAAAAGAAGUUCAUCGCCAACAAAAAUCACAUCAUCAUCACCACAAGCACCAAAACCAGUCUGGAGGCCCUACUAGGAGUCGAUAAAUUUUCCCCAGGAUCCAGGAUGAACUGAACGAUUUCGAAAAAAAUAGAAAACACAAGGCUAGUGAUAUAUUAUAAAAAGUUAUGAAACAACGCCUGGCGUUGUUGGUCCCACUGUUUAAUCUUUUCGACUAUCAUUGUUUUCCCCACUGUAUUGAAUUACAACCAGUUGUCAUCAAAUAUAUGGAUCUAAUACAUAAUCGAAAAUUAAUCCAAAUUUUUGGCAGCAAAUUCAAGUUGAUUCGAUCCAUUUUAGUAUCAAUUUGAUUCAUCAAAAAUUUGACCCAAUUUCAUCUACUUUAGUAUCAAUUUAUGAUCCAUUUUGAUCCAAAUUUUUGGCAGCUUUGAAACAAUUUGCUGAUAAUUUCAUCCACUUUGGUAAUCAAUUUGAUUCAGCAAAACUUGAUCCAAAUUUUCCUCAGCAAAUUCGACCCAAUUUGAUCUUUAGUAUCUCUUUAGUAUCAAUUUGAUUCAUCAAAAAUUGAUCCAAAUUUUUGGCAGUAAAUUUAAGCAAAAGCCAAUUUCAUCAACUUUAGUAUCAGUUUGAUACGAAAAAGAAAUUGUUAUUUCAAGAAAACAGUGUCAAGAAGAAGUAAAUAUUAAAUAUGAAAAUUGAAAUUAAAGAAAGAAAAAAAUUAGAUUUCGAAGUGAAGUCUUUUGUUUAAACAGUGAUUAUCUUCGGUUUUACGAAGAAUGGUGAUGAUAAAUUUUUGUGAUGAAUUGACAUUUUUUGGUAUAGAAUAUAGUGUAUUGUAAAUAUUUGUAAAUAAAUUCGUGGACAAUAAGAUAUAUUAUAUAUAUAUAUGUGUAAAUAAGAGAAAAAAAUAAAAGCGUAUACGUGAGAGAGAGAGAGUAAAACUGGGAAGAGAGAGUGCAAACAGAGAUUAUUGUAAUUAGCGUCCAUAUAAGUCAGAGAUUUAAUUUAAUGUAAAGAGAAUAUAAAUAGAGAUGGGAGAAAAUAAAUAUAUGUCAAACAAA